AUGGACAUAGUUGCUGCCUCUAUGCAUCUAUCAACAUCCGAUAUCGAGUGCGUCAUCAGACUGCUGCAGGCGCGCGUAGAGUACUUGUAUACCUCUACCGCAAAACCAGCCAUGCACAUCAACGAGCUUCCCAACGAGAUUCUUUGCCACAUCUUCGGGUUAUGUGGUGAUGUGAUGUCAGGGCUUGAGUACUCGUGCGACGGCUACAUGCAUCUUGCAAAACCGAAGGCUGUGAUUAUUCCGUACUCUUCCUCCCUGAUCUGCAUAACUCGGGUUUGCUCGCUUUGGUCGGAGGUCGCAAGAAGCUGCCCACGUCUCUGGACGCUGGUAGAGGUGCCUUUCCCCCGGGGUAUCGACCACAUUUUCGUCAGAUUGUGCCUCGAACUGUCCGCAGGAAUUCCUCUUAUUCUCCGGCUCAAUGGCAUGAUGCUCGCCCCCGGUGCACCAGAUCCACCUCUCGUAUUCUGUCGAUCCCUCGUGAACCUGGUGGCGAGCGCGGCGUCUCGCUGGAAGGAGGUCUCAAUCAGCCUUGGGGCUAAACUUGAUGGACUCGAUCCGUUACGCAUGCUGCCCCCGGGAUCAUUCACCUCGCUUGAACGAGCGUCGAUACAACUUGAACUGCGGAACUGGGGAGCCCACCAGUCACGUCCGGACAGCGAUAUUUGGCGCAUUCUGAUGCCAUCCCCUUCUCUCCGAGCUGUGGACUUCUGGGAUGACCCGCGCCGGCAUCCCCAGCUUCGUAUCGCGUCGAUGUCGCUUCGGAACAUCACCCAUUUGGGCCUCAACCAAAUCAGGAACAACGAGCUCAAAGACAUUCUUGCGGCCUGUCCCCGCGUCGAGGUUUUGCAAGUUAUGCUCGGUCUUACUUUGGCGCCCGGACAGCCGGACACGUACGCUCUCCCGAUGCCGCCUUCCAUCAUGCUUGGGAGAUUGCGCGUCCUCAUGCUGAGCGGACAACGAGACUGGCAGCCCUUGUACGACUGCCUUACGGCGCCGAGGCUCGACCGUUUGGACAUCUCCGGAGCGGGCGUGCAAGCAGACGCUAUCGAGGGCAUGUUGGACCGCUCCUCGACAAAGCUUCGCAUGCUUACCCUGCGCGCGAUCCAUCCCAAUGACUUGGAUGACGCCGCGAACUUGCUUCUGUGUGGACACCUCAGGGAGCUGAGGAUUCUCCGCGUCGAGGUCUUUAAGCCGAAUCCUAUGCCGCCUGGGCGCACCGCAGACUUCGAUCCCCGGCCGUUUUUGGGUCCGCAGGUCGCGAAAUGCUUGUUCGCAACGGAGUUUAGGGCAGCAGAGGAUGCGCAGAAAACAGGAGCUAUCCAAGUGAUGUACGGCCUCCAAAUCAUGGUUCAAUGUGGACUCGAGGACGGACCAACGCCACAAUUGUGGGUGAUCCGAAGCAGCGACGCUCGGCAUUUUCCGCCUUCGCCUUCGCUCCGACCAUCACAGUUCGUCCGUGUGAACAACGCGGCUUCCAUCCCGUUUACCGUUGCUGUGGGACUAGCUGGUCGAACCACGCCCUUGCCUCCUCCCAAGGAAGCAAUGGUUCCUGCCUUUGUUCCUCCGCGGGGCGCACAAUACCAGCCAUGGCCGUCCGAAAUUUCCAUCUCUCAAUUGUUCCUUGACGUUGACAUCGUCGAAAAGACUCGCGGAAAGGAUACCUGGAGUACGUUCUGUCUGCAACCCCAUCGAUUACCGUAUAACCCUCUCCACACAAGCAGGAACCCUCCGCUCGUUCGAAACUCGCAUUACUGCCCCCAAACCUCGCUUACGGUUGAUGCUAUGGAACCUGGAGCUUCCCGCAGUCGCACGCUUCGAUUGAUUGUCGCGCACUGGCUUGCGCGCUCGAAUCGCGAAGUCCGGGAUGAUGAUAUAUCUGCGACCAACAAGGCAUCGAACCAGGCUCUUCUCAGGGUGGAAGAAUCCAAGGCCAGUCUCGAAGUUGUUUACGAACACAUAUGUCGGCUAAUCGAGCAGUACUGGCGGCGACGCGCUCGCAUCAACGAGCUUCCCGUCGAGAUUCUGUGUCUUAUAUUCGGGUUCUGCGGCGAUGCGAUCUCGGGGUUCAACUACCCGCGCGACAGACUGAUGCACCACUCUGCGAGCUCGCCGCAAGACUCGCAGACCUACUCCGAAGCCAUAUUCACCAUAACUCGCGUGUGCUCGCGCUGGUCGAGAGUUGCCAGAAGCUGCCCUACCCUUUGGACGCGCAUAGAGAUGCAUUCACCGCGGUGGUGCGACUACAGAUUCUUCAGGCUUUGUCUCAAACUCUCCGCGGGACUGCCCCUUAUUCUUCGACUCAAUGGUGCGCUUCCCAAGAAUCGCGCGCAACAUCCGCCUACCAGAUACUGUCGAUCCGUCAUUCGUCGUGUAGCGGCAACCGCGCCUCGCUGGAAGGAGAUCUCCAUUCGCCUUACUCGCGAUUUCGACGUCCUGGACCGGCUGCGCACGCUGCCACCUGGGUCAUUUGUAUCCCUCGAACGAGCAUCGAUCCGCUUGUCAAUGCGAGCUCAUGACUCUCAAAGACCGCGCCCGGAAAUCGAUAUCUGGCAUAUCUUGUGCUCGUCCCCUUCUCUUCGAGUGGUGGACUUCUGGGACGACCCGCGCCUACCUUCCCUCCAUAUCGCAUCUUUACCGCUUCGGAAUAUCACCCACUUGGGCCUCAACAAGAUCAGGAACAACGAGCUCAAAGAUAUUCUCAUUGCUUGUCCCCGCGUCGAGGUCUUGCAAGUCUGGCUCGGAUGUUCAGUGACGCCCACUCAACACGACACGUACACUCUUCCUAUGCCAUCCACUCUCUUGCUCAAAAGACUGCGCGUCCUGAUGCUCCGUGGGCAACGAGACUGGCAGCCCUUGUACGACUGCCUCACCGCACCAAAGCUCGAUCGCCUAGACAUAUCGGGAGCCGGCGUGCAAGCGGAUUCCAUCGAGGGCAUGUUGGCGCGCUCGUCGACCAGGCUACGCAUGCUUACCCUGCACGCGAUUCAUCCCGAGGACUUGCCGGACGCGGCGAGUUUGUUGACGAGGUACCCCUUGUGCAGGCUACGUAUCCUCCGCGUCCGGGUCGCUAAGCCCGAUACUAUAUCGCCUGGACGCCCAGACUUCAAUCCUCGACCCUUCUUGAGUCGUCUGGCCGCGAGGAAAUGCCUGGUUACGAAGAAGGUUAAGGUGGCCGAGGACGCGUACGCGGCGUUGCGACGCAGGUAGUGGAG